AAGUUUCGGGUAGAAAGGGAUUUGGUUAUAGGCCUGUGUGUGCUGUGAGAUUAUGUGGCUGAAACGGUUGGUACCCCUGUUGGCAGCCAGUACAUCCGUGAAGAUUCUGAUGCCGCCCAAGGGACCAGGAGGCAAGGACAGAGGGGUCCAAAACGCGAACAGCAGCGCCGAUGCGAAAAUCCACUGCGAUGAAGCCGCAGGACACCUGAAGAUGGGAAACUACACAAAGGCGCUCAAUGGCUACAAUUCGGCCCUUGAGCUGAAUCCUAGGGACAAGAAUGCAUUGGUAGCAAGAAGUAAAUGUUAUCUUCAGCUGGGAGAACCUCAGUUGGCAUUGAAGGAUGCUGAGACAGCUCUCCAUGGAGACAAGAACUUUGUCCGUGCCAUUUUCCAGAAAGCUGAGUCUCUCUAUCAUCUGGGUGACUUUGAGCACAGUUUAAUGUAUUAUCAUAGAGGCUUGCAUCUGCGUCCAGAGCUUGAAGGCUUCCGUCUGGGAGUUCAGAAGGCUCAAGAAGCCAUUGAAAACACCAUAGGAAAACAGCUGCCACAAGCUCAUGAAUCCAUACUGCCCACUGGGGGAUCUCCUAAGAACAUCAGCAGUGCCAGCAAGAGUCGAGGCAGCUCAGCUGCAACCAAGCAACAAUCUCGUCAGCUCCUGGGAGAGCUGUGUGUGGAUAAGGAAUAUCUAGAGAAACUUCUUGACCAUCCAGUUGCUAUACUGUUUUCAGAUAUCAAGUGUAUGAACCAACAAGAUGAUCAAAAUACAAUCGCUUCCUAUGCUAAAGAAGGUGUAGCAUUCCUCAACAGGAGAGAAGAGUUUUGGCGGCAACAACGACCAAACACUGCAGCAGCAAGAAGAGUAAAGAACCAAAGUGUCACUUAAUUGUUCUACAUACUUCAGUUUGUGCUGGACAGCAAAACAAAAUUUAUUUAUGACCUGUCCGAUACGACAAAUAAGUUACAAUAUAAUACAGUGGAACCUUGGUAUAAUGCGGCUUUUUGGGGACAGCUUCAGUACCCGUGUUAUAUGUGAAAUAUGUAAAACAUGUAAUUGUAUUGGGGGACAUGAUCACAGCCACAGUAUAUCCGAGACCAUGGUACAACGAGGCAUGAUGUAUCUAGGUUCCACUGUAUAGUUGUUAUAAGUUUAAUAAAAAGUAACAAUCUGUAAUCAGAAUAGAAAUUAUCUCCAUAGGAUUAUUCAUAAUGUGACAAUAUCAAAGCAAAUAUUUUGCUGUUUUAUAUUAUUUAUCCACAUUUUAAGGCCUGUCACAAGACUUACGAAGCUGUUGGAAUGAUCACUGACAUGUAUUUUGUAUACUGCAUAAAUUCAAAUUUGUGAAACACUGGCUAGGAAACUUAUGGACUAUAUUUUGCAUGUUGCUGUAGCUAUAUUUCAUGAUGCUGUUAGUAGCUCACACUAUGUAGAGUAGAAUGGUAGUAUGAUUACUGAAUAAUGAAUAUGAAGAGUUACUAUACAGAAGGAAGCAGUCAUGGUGUAAUUGAAGGUAAGCCUACUAACCUCGUAUUAUCAUGAAGGAAAACCACAGAAAAAAAGCUUGUUAAGAUAGUCAGUCUCCAAGACAAGAUUUCAACCCAAUACCCCCUGGG